AUGAAUGAUAAGGAAAAAGAAGAUGGAAAAAGGAUGAAUGAGCAAGAAGAGAUAAUUCGAGCUGAUAUUUGUUCCGCAAUCCGGAAUGGCUUAAUGGAAAUGAUGAUUAAUUCCGCUAAGGAGCAAAUGUCUUCUAUCAGUGUACCAACAGCUAAUUUUAAAAUUCGAAUUAAAGCAGAAUUUCGUGGUGAAAAAUUUUGUUUUGAAAUGCAUCGACCGGUUAUUUUUGAUGAAUUACAAAUGCAUCUAAAUUCAAGAUGUAAUUUUAAAUUAAAUAUUUACUAUACUUUGCGUAAUCAUGAACUAAUUGUACCAAUACGAAAUCAAUUAGAAUUAGAUCGUGCAAUUGAAUUAGUAGAUUUUGAUCGUACGUCACAUCAACGAAGUUUACGUCUAUUAUUAUCACGUUAUCAAUCUGAUACACGAUUAUCAACAUUAUUUACAUGCUCACCAAUUCCGGAUGCAUCUGGAACUUUCUCAGUGCAAUCAUCAAAAAUUAUUGAGAUUCCGUAUUGCGAAUGUCGCUCAUCCGGUACCAGUACAAAUACCGGAUUGAUAAAUAGUCCUAGGCAAAAUGGUAGCAGUGUUAGUAGUGGUGUGGUACUUGCUGAUUUUGAUGAAUAUUGUCAAAAAGAUACGAGCACGCCAUGUGCGCCAACUAAUUGGAAACAAGGCAAAUGCAUUGGUUCCGGAGCUUUUGGCAAAGUUUACGUAUGCGUUGACGUGGAUACCGGAAAAGAAGUAGCACUGAAGAGAUUUAACAUUUGCCGUAAUGAUAAACAUUUGAAGAAUCAUAUUAAUCAAUUGGAAAAUGAAAUUAAUUUAUUAAGUACCAUACAACAUAAUCGAAUUGUGCAAUAUCUUGGUGCACAACAAAUCGAUGAAUCAAUUUGUAUAUUUAUUGAAUAUAUGACCGGUGGUUCAGUUAAAGAUUACAUUGCAACUUAUGGAUGUUUGAGUAAUACAGUUGCUGGUAAAUAUACCUAUCAAAUAUUACAUGGCUUAGAGUAUCUACAUCGUAAUGAGAUUAUUCAUCGUGAUAUUAAGCCAGCUAAUAUUUUACGUGAUUCUAAUGGUAAUGUUAAAAUUGGUGAUUUUGGUUCAGCAAAACGAUUACAAGCAAUUUGCUGUCAACAAACUUCACCAUUUAUUGGUACACCAAAUUAUAUGGCACCGGAAGUUGUCCUUGGCCAUACAAGACAUGGUCGUAAAGCAGAUAUUUGGAGUGUUGGUUGUACAUUGGUUGAAAUGUUAACUGCAAAACCACCAUGGAAUAAUCUUGAACCAAUGGCUAUUAUUUUUAACAUUGCCAAACAUAAUCCCACUUAUCAGUUACCAAUAGAAGUUGAUCCUAUCUUAUCAUACCUUAUCAGUAUAACAUUUGAACGUAACGUAGACAAACGACCCAGUGCCUUACAAUUGCUCAAUAAUUUUGAUUUCAACAAAUUUUUGAAUACUUCCUGA